UUUCUUGCAGGAGCUGAUGGCUUUGGAAGCAGCAGCUCUUCUUAUCUUUCUUGCAGCAGCCGUGCCGGCGGCCGUCGCCACCGACUACACCGUCGGCGGUUCGCAAGGGUGGACCAGCGGCGUGGAUUACAGUUCAUGGGCUUCCGGGACAACCUUCAACGUCGGCGAUACGCUCCUUUUCCAGUACGGUCCGCUACACAGCUUGGCGGAGGUGGGCGAGUCGGACUUCAACGCUUGCUCCGCCAGCAACUCCGUCCAGACCCACACAGACCGGAGCACCAGGAUCAGCCUCACUGCGCCCGGCAGCAGGUACUUCAUCUGCGGCACGUCGGGCCACUGCUCCGGGGGCAUGAAGCUGGCUGUCACCGUCGCCGCUUCAGGUUCGGCUCCCGGCGGCUCGACGGCACCGAGCUCACCGUCGUCUUCGUCAGGGACGCUGACGCCGAUGACUCCGACAACGCCGACGACACCCGGCUCAUCGUCCAACGAUGCUCCCCCGUCGACGAUUCCCGGCGAAAGCAGCGGCGGAAUCGCUGUUGACGGAGGCAGAUGGAGCGCAGUGUGGCUUGGUGGCUUGGUGGUUGUAGGACUAGCGAUCAUGGGAUAGCUAGCUAGCGCCAUUAAUCUCUGGAUAUUAAACCGCUUGUUAUGUUUGACUCAUGGGAGCAAUAAGAUGAGUGUAGGCUUGGUUAUUUAUUUCUAUUAAUGGAGUUUCUUGAUAUUUUUUUUACUGCAAUUGUUGUUUCGAUACAAUCCAUUCACCAUUGUAUUUUUUUUUACUGCCUAAACGAUGGCUAUAUAUCUCCAUAA